AUGCAGUUCGACUUGGUGGUGUCAACCCCAGCGGCUGGUGAGGUUAGGACGUCUACAGUCUGUGUUAGAUGUCCUAUAGAGGUUGAGGGGCGUAGAUAUAAAGUGAAUCUCAUCUGUUUACCUCUAAGGGAUUUAGAAGUGAUUUUAGGAAUGGAUUGGCUGGCCGCCAAUCACAUUCUCAUAGACUGUGGCGCGAAGCAAUUGGUGUUUCCGGAUGAAGAAGAAGAAGAGUUAUCAGUAACGCUCGGUCAGCUAAGGGAAGACAUCGUGGAUGGCGCCAGUUGUUUUCUGAUCGUGACGCAUGCGGACGAAGGGUUUGAGGGAUCAAGUCAUGAACGAUCGUCCGGUAAACUGAAUGGAGGACGAUCGGUCGUGGAUGACUUCCCGGACGUAUUUUCGGAUGAAGUGCCUGGACUACCUCCUCCACGCGAGGUAGAAUUUACGAUCGACUUGGUGUCGACCGCGGGACCCAUCUCUAUUGCACCCUACCGUAUGUCGCCAGCAGAGUUAGCUGAACUCAAAAAGCAGAUUGAAGAUUUGAUGGAUAAGCAGUUCAUCAGACCGAGCGCAUCACCUUGGGGAGCGUAUUCUCUUAGUGAAAAAGAAGGAUGGCAACUCUCGUCUUUGCAUUGA